UUGAAUUUCGGUAUACAUUCCAGUUAAUGCACUAGAUGAUGGUGACUGGUAACGUGUAGCUAGUUGAUAAUGGUGUCGGUCCAUUAAUUAGCGACAGAUCCAUAAAAAUGACUCAAUCCGAUCCGUAUCGGAGCGGCGCCUGGAGCCGGUGUUGACGCCGGACAUACUACAUAAGGUUUAAUCACUCCUGCACAAGGAUCUCCUAACUUUGUUGGUUUAAUUCCGAAUGACUUCAAUAGCAAAGCGACAGCUACUUCCCUAUCUCAGACAGAGCAAGAUUGCUCCAACCGGAUGCAAUUUAGCGCGCUCGACAUACACUACUUCCUCAUUUCAACGAUCUUCUUCCAUCGGUUUUACGAAUUAUACUUACAACACGAAAAUCUUUGGUCAAAAUGCUCUCGCUUACCGGCCGUUAGAAACACCCCUUGCUUGUCGAACGAUCACACUUACCACACGACGAUUGUAUUCGAGUCCUUCCUCCGCUGCAGCAGAAAAACAACAGCAGCAACAACAAGAGAGCGGUGAUAAUACGACCGAUAGUACUAAUACUGCCAAUCCUCCUGCUAAGCAACAAUCGCGUUUGGGGCAGCUAUUCGAAAAGUCCAAAGCACUUGUUGUAUUCUACAAAAACGGAUUGAAGGAGUUAUGGGCCAACCAAAAGGCAGCCAAAGCAUUGAAGCAACAAGUGACAGAACAAGGUUAUCAACUGACUCGGUCCGAAUACCAACUUGUAAGCGAUCUUCGAUCCCUACAUUAAAGAUCAAUUAUAGGGAAAAGGAAGCCAAUGUAUAAUAACACGUACAAAUUUUGCCAUUAAGAUCCACAAAUCAAAGAAGGAUAUGAUCAAAUUGGCACCGUUCGGCUUGAUUUUCCUUGUUCUUCCUGAAUCGAUUCCUCUGUUUGUUAUAUUUGCACCUGGAAUCAUCCCUAGCACCUGCCUUACUGAGAG